UUGUAAACAAAGGGACCUCUCCGUUGAUUUAAAAAUGUCCAAGAUUUCUAUUGGCAUUCUUUCAUUAUAUUUAUUUCUAUUAUUAUUUGUGAAGUCAGUUCGAUGUGAAAAAAGAAGAAGUUUUUUCUUUGACUUCGAACAAAUGAAAUAUGAUCUUUUCUUUGAAAGUUAUUCAAAAAUUUCAUCAAAUAAUACAGAACCACACAAUAAUAAUAAUAAAUGUUUAACUGAAUUGGAGGCGAUUCAAGAUGGUUUAAUAGCUCAGGAAGAAUGGGCAUUGCGAAUCUUGGAUUCAUGGGGCAAAAUACCGUCCGGAGUGUUUAGUGGUAAUACACAUGAUUAUGGAAUGUUCUCACAGUGUAUGAAAAUCAAACAAGAUAGGGAAGUAUAUGAAACACAAUACUGUUUGGGUCAAUUAUUUUAUGAUCUCGAUGAGAAAAUUGCGUCAAAACUAUAUCGACGGUAUGAUAGUUCUAAGCUUGUCCUUCCGGAUAUGGUCCAUAUACAAAAUUUUCCAAGACGUGAUCCGGGGAGGACUCUUACAACAAUAGGCAUGUGUUUUCCUGCUUCAUGUUCAAUACAAAUUUUUGAACAGAUCAUCAACGAUUUGAUUCCAGAACAUUCAAACAAUUUUUCUAUUCAAAUACCCAAAGAGCUGUGUCAGAGAAAUAAAGAUCCUGAAGUGACAACUAAAGACAAAAUUAUAAUUGGUGUAUUCAUUAUAUUAUUUGGUUUGGUUUUUAUAAGUACUGGUUAUGAUGUUCUAUGCACCGUAUUUAAUCGUAAUAAAUCUGGUAUCCUGUUGGCCUUUUCUUUUUACACAAAUGGCAAAAAGCUGUUCUCUUUGACUGAAAUAAACACAGCAGACGAAAUAAAAUGUUUGCACGGAAUUCGCGUCCUCGCAGGACAGUGGACUGUACUCGGUCAUACAUUUUUAAUAUUGUUAAUUGGUCCAAUUAACAACAGAAUUGUACAUGCCACAUUUUUUUCAGCAUACAGGAGUAUGGUAAUUAUUUCGGGACCUGUGGCGGUGGAUACGUUCUUUGUGUUAAGUGGACUUUUAGUUUCAAGAAGUAUACUAAAACGCUUGGAAAAAAAUGGACGACUGAACGUUCUGCAGUUAUAUUUUCAUCGGUAUAUGCGUCUAACACCACUUGUGGCAGUACUCAUUUUGACUACGAUGUUAUUGCACCUCAUCGGUGGAGCUAAUCCGAAAUAUUCGAACACCAAAAACAUCCUGAAAGCUAAAUGUGACAAAUACUGGUGGAUGACUCUUUUAUAUUUCCAAAACUAUUCGGAUGGGGAUUAUAUUUGCCUUGCACCAACUUGGUCCUCCUCUGUUGACAUGCAAUUGUUUUUAAUUUCGCCAGCGAUUAUUUAUUUGUUUCGUCGAUUCAAAGUGAAGGCAUUAAUUCCGUUCAUUCUACUUCUAUUGGGCUGCAUCUAUUUCACCUUGAGCGUUCACGUUAAAUAUAAUUUGACGACUUUGUUUGCUUUUCAGACGAACAAAUUUGAAUUGGCGUAUGUUCCAACGCAUAUACGAUUUUCGUCGUGGUUAAUUGGUGUCAUUGUUGGAUAUUUUCAUUUUGUAACUCGCGGCAGAAAAAUUCGAAUUCCAACGAUGCUGAACGCCUGUUUUUGGACUUUGUCUUUGACCACGAUGAUAGUAACAAUUUUUAUAAAUUAUCCAUUGCAACAAUUAGAUGAAAAUAAUAGAAUUUCUCCAUUUGUUUAUGGUUUAUAUGAUGCCUUGAGUCGCAUAGCUUGGUCAAUUACUCUGUGCUACAUCAUUUUUGCUUGUGAUAAUGGCUAUGGCGGCGUCAUCAAUCGCUUCUUAUCGCAUCCAUUUUGGCUACCUCUUUCAAGAAUUUCCUACGCAAUUUAUAUGCUACAUAAUUAUGUAAUUGGAAUUGUAAUAAAUACACCAACAUCUCAAUAUUUCAGUGAAACUGAGGCCUAUAAAAUGUUCAUUGUGGUUUAUGUGGUGACGAUUUUUGUAUCAAUCAUAGGAACAUUAGCUUUUGAAACACCGAUAAAUGUCAUUGAGAAGGAACUGUGUAACUAUUUGAAGCAAAAAGAAAUCGCUCCAUCGAAUGCAAACGAAAUUCAACAAACGGAUGAUAGCAAAAAAUAUCAAUGAUGAUUUUGUUUAACAAUCGCUUCCAAAAUAAAUAAAUAAAAA